AUGCCAGCCUUGCAAGGGGGCUGCGAAAUUCCUGCCGAAGGAGCUGCCGGCUGCGUGCAAGCCGCUGCCUCGCUGCAGUGCUGGGGUGGGAUUAGAUACCAGUUUGUGAGAGAUACAAAGAGACGCGCAGGACCUCACAGGCUGGCUCUUUCAGCUCCAAACUUGCAGCUCUUGGGAAGGAGGCUCCAGCCCGGAGCCCACGCAGGGUUUGCCAAGGAAGGCCCCCCAGUCAGGGGCCAAGGCAGAGCGAGUCCUGGUGCACCGAUGCCAUCCCAAGCCCUACAGGCAGAUCAGGAUUUGCAGCUGUGGAAAGAGAUAGAUGAUGCAUGUUCUGCCUACCUGUCCAAAGAUUCUCAUCCUCAGGCAUCCAGUGCACUGGAAGAACUUUGCUUUCUGGCCAUGGGAUUUCUCCAGAAACCACAGGGUUUAGAUGAAAAAGACAACACCAAAAGGUUCUUAUUUCAUUAUUCUAAGACUCAUGAAUCAGGCAACUCUGACAUCAUGUCGUCUGUCCUGCAUCCUUUGCUGCAACUCGUUCCCCAACUUAAUGAGAGAAGACUGAAGAGAUAUAAAGUGGACGAAGAACUUCAAGGACCUGGAGGGAUUCAAAGUAGAGGCUACUUUUUCUUCAGGCCACGCAAUGGAAGGAGAUCAGCGGAUUUUCACUAAGCAGGAUUUUAGAUUCCUGAUCUAGAACUAAUGCUGCAGGAACGCUGAGUAGACGGACAUACUGUUUUCCUUACAAAAAU